AAGAUACUCUAGAACUUUAGGUUUGUCCUUUCCUCUUGAAUCUGCCUUUGCCUAAGAGAAUUUGCUCAUUCCGAAUGUCUAGACCUUCAAAUCUUUCGAAACCAUCACUCCAUACGUUGGAAUCUGAUCAACAACAGAGGGCGCUACUGUCGAAGUGGGCGUGUCCUUUUUCCACGUGUUGCCGUUUUCGUCCGAAGUCAUGUGGAGGGCUAAACAGUUUGCACAGUUGUUGCACAAAAUUACCGAAAAUCAAUACAAUGUAGUUAGAAACAUGGGUAAACAGAAGGAGCCCUUAAAGGUGACAAACCUGUAUGACUUGCACAUUAGCCAUGGUGGUAAAAUGGUACCAUUUGCAGGAUGGUCAAUGCCAUUGCAAUAUGAUGACAGUAUACCAGUAUCACAUAAUCAUGUCCGACAAAAAGUGGGGCUGUUUGAUGUUUCCCACAUGCAGCAGUGUAGAAUUCAUGGCAAAGACAGAGUCAAAUUCAUGGAGAGUCUUGUGGUGGCUGAUGUUGAUGGACUUUCAGAUGGACAGGGAACUUUGUCAGUCUUCACCAAUGAGAAGGGAGGGAUUAUAGAUGACCUAAUUGUUACCAAAACUGGAGAUAAAUAUCUCUAUGUGGUGUCCAAUGCUGGUUGUGCCCACAAAGUUCUUCCUCACAUGAUGUCAAGGGCCAAGGAGUUUAAAGACAUUGGCUUGGAUGUGGUUGUGGAACCUGUUGAUAAUGGUUUACUUGCUUUACAAGGACCAGACAUGACAAAAGUUCUCCAGCCAGGUCUGUCAGUGGACCUUAACCGCCUCCCAUUUAUGACUAGCAUUGUAACAUCUUUGUUUGGCAUACCUGAGUGCAGAGUUACUAGAUGUGGCUACACAGGAGAGGAUGGUGUAGAAAUUUCUGUUGAGGCAAACCGUGCAACAGAACUGGCAGAAAAGUUGCUAGAGUCUCAAGAUGCAGACGUACGCCUGACAGGUUUAGGGCCUAGGGACAGUUUACGAUUGGAAGCAGGUUUAUGUCUUUAUGGCAAUGACAUUGAUGAAACGACAACUCCUGUUGAAGCAGCUCUUACUUGGACAAUAGGAAAACGGCGCCGUGAAUAUGCAGCAAACUUUCCUGGUGCUGAGAUAAUCCUGGAUCAGUUGAAAAAUAAACCAAGAAGACGCAGAGUUGGCUUUCUUUCCAGUGGCUCUCCAGCAAGAGGUGGUUCUUUGGUUUAUAGUGAGUCUGAAGAUCAGAUUGGAAUAAUCACCAGUGGUUGCCCAUCCCCAACUCUAAAGAAGAAUAUUGCCAUGGGAUACAUCUCUCUAGAAAAAGCCAAAGUUGGCACAAAAGUCAAGUUGGAAGUUAGAAAGAAAAUGGUAGACGCAGUUGUCAGCAAAAUGCCAUUUGUACCGUCAAAAUAUUUUAUACUGAAAUAAAACUCAUGUGGAAAAUUAAGCAUUAAGUAAAAUUACAUACUAAAGUGAAAAAAGAGUCAGAUGUGCUUCAAUGGAGAGAAAAAAUGUGCCAUUAUAAAAGAUGCAAAUUAUUUGAAAAAGAUUCAAGUAUUUUUUAUAAAACUUGAGAGCUAAUCUAAAUACCCUAUAUUUAAAUUAUCAGAAAUUUUGCAGUAUAUCAUUGAUCUGUUAAGCAUUUACCUAGUGGCAGGAUCAGAAUGUUGCUUUAUUUCUUGUACUUUUAAGGCAUUUUAAUUCUAAUGGAGUAUUUUGCUGUUAACAGAUCUGUUGACAAGAACUUAUGUACCGUGUCAGUAUGUACAUCUGUAAACUAGUGGUUGAUGUGCCUUAUUACUGAGAUCUACUAAUAUACAGGUUCUACCACCUCAGCUGGCUAUGCCAAUUAGAACAGUAUGGGAUGUUAAGAAAUGUGAAAUUAUUUAGUUUGCAGAUUCAUUUUUCCAGUAUAAAAUUACGACAUAAGUAAACAAAUAAGUAUAACACAAACUCGUACAAGUUCACAGAAUGUUCAUGUAACCCAUUCCCCAGUACCAAAGGAUUCUAGUUUUGUCAUGCUUCAGUUACCUAUUUUGUGUUAUUAUCUGUGUUUGAAAGAUACAUAUAUAUUUUUACUGAUUGUUGAUUGUACGUUACCUAUUAAUGAAUUACUGUUUUGAAUGAGGUUCCAAUAAAAUGAAGAUCUAAAUUUUCCUAAUACUCUGGACCAAAGGCCAAUGUGUGUGAUAUUGUUAAAUUUAUAAAGAUAUUUUGAUAUGCAACUAUUAUAUCUGGCAAUUUAAUUGAUAACACAUAAUAUCAGAAAAUGUAUUGCUUGUAUUGUUAUGUUUUUGUU